AUGAUAAUGGAUGAGUUGAAAUUAGACAAAGAAAUAUUUUUGGCGCAAGGAACGUUGAGACCAGAUUUGAUUGAAAGCGCAUCGUCAUUGGCGAGUGGACAUGCGGACACGAUCAAAACGCAUCAUAAUGAUACAGCACUCGUUAGAGAAUUGCGUGAUUUGGGUAAAGUAAUAGAGCCAUUGAAAGACUUUCAUAAAGAUGAAGUGCGCGAAUUGGGUGAAUCAUUAGGUCUACCGAAAUCGAUUGUUAUGCGACAUCCAUUUCCAGGUAAAUUAUACAUC